GCAAAUGACUCACGCGUGAUCCCACAGCACAUGUGGCAGGCCAGGACUUCUCUCCGUAUCUUUCACUGUUUGUUUUUUCUUUGUUUCGUGAAUGGUCAGUGAAAAGAAGGCAACAAAACGGUAAGUAAUACUUUGGCAAUAAUGGAUUAGAAAUGUUCUUCAGGUGUUUGCUGUAGUUCACAUGCAUGAGCAGCAUGUAAUGUCAAGUUUUAGUGAGGUUUUUAAAUUGUCUCUGAUUCACACGGGACUAAACCUCAUGUAUUUUUGCUUCUUGUCCUAACUUUUCCUUGUACAAUAAGCUUUCAGAUGGCAAUAGAAAGCCUUUCGUCAUUUGGCCCAGUGUCUGUACAGUAAGCUAUGUCGGUCUGUUUCUGCUAAAGGCCACUGAUACCCGUUUCCCAUCCUGAGUCUGCACCCCAGUGAACACAAUUACAAAUGGAGAAUGCGGGGAUUAAAAGAGGAAUUGUGAUUAAAGAUGACUGGCCAGGAUACAGUCUGGACCUGUUCACUUACCCUGAGCACUACCAUGAAGACAUUGAGAGUGUUUACAUUCCACAUGGGGUAAUCAUGAACAGGACAGAGCGUCUGGCCCGCUACAUCAUGGAUGAUUUCAGGGACAACAACAUAAUGGUGCUGUGCGUCUUGAAGGGAGGCUACAAGUUCUGUGCAGACCUGGUGGAGUUCAUUAAGGUUCUCGGCCGCAACUCCGAGAAGUAUUUGGAGACCCGGGUGGAGUUCAUUCGUCUCAAGAGCUACCUAAAUGACCAAUCAACAGAGGAGCUGCACAUCAUAGGAAGCCGGGAUCUGUCUUUCUUGCGGGGAAAGGCCAUAGUUGACACAGGAAAGACCAUGAAGGCCCUUCUGAAGCAUGUGGAGACUUUUGAACCCAAGAUGGUCAAGGUCGCAGGUCUGUUGGUAAAGAGGGUCCCUAACAUGGCUGAAAGUCUAACAGACUAUGUUGGAUUUGAAAUCCCCAACCGCUUUGUUGUCGGUUAUGCCUUGGACUACAAUGAGUACUUCCGUGACCUGAAUCACAUCUGCGUCAUCAGCAAGACUGGAAAAAUGAAGUACAAGGUUUGAGAAGAAUCAAAAGAAUUAAAGCAAUGCACAGUUUCGCAGCAACAUUUUUCCUUUUCUUCUUCAGAUAUAAGCAAAGUUUCAGUUUUGUUUUCUGACUGUUAGAAAUUUCCUGUCUGUGUCAGUCUUUGUUUAAGUGAGGCAUGUGUUUCAGACAAAAAACAAAACAUUUGUUAUAUUUGUAUGUGACAUUAACUUUGUAAGUGGUUAAAAAUUAAAGAUGAUUCAUCUUUAAU